AUGAGCUCUACAACCAAUACUACUACAAAGAAAAAUAUUCCUAAAGAUGAGUGGGAGCAACGAUUAACAAAAGUCAAAGUGAACAAACAAGACUUGAACCAACUUGUCAUGAACUAUCUUGUGGUAGAAGGAUACAAAGAUGCCGCCGAACAGUUCAGCACAGAAAGUGGACUAGCACCAACUGUAGACUUGCAGUCUAUUCAAGAAAGAAUGGAUAUUCGCCACGCCAUCCAAUCGGGCGAUGUUGACACUGCUAUUGACUUGGUGAAUGACUUGAAUCCAGAGAUUCUCGAUACAAACCCACAUCUUUUCUUCCAUCUUCAACAACAACGACUGAUUGAACUUAUCCGCAAUGGUGCAUAUCAAGAAGCACUGGAAUUUGCAUCUGAAGAAAUGGCGCCUCGAGGAGAAGAACAUCCUGAAUUCUUGGAGGAGCUCGAACGUACCAUGGCAUUACUAGCAUUUCAAGACAGUACAGAUUCACCAGUACAAGAUUUACUUCAUCCAGGCCAACGUCAAAAGACAGCAAGUGAAUUAAAUGCAGCUAUUCUCAUGAGUCAAUCACAGGAAAAGGAUCCAAAAUUACCAAAUUUGUUGAAGAUGCUGGCUUGGAGUCAAGAGCAGUUGGAUGAAAGAAUGACAUAUCCUAAAAUUGAGAACUGGGUCAAGGCGGAUUUGGUAGUAAGAGAUGAAAAUGGGAAUAGCCUAGACGAAGAUGUUGCAAUGUCUUGA